AAGAUAUAUUGCCUAUGAUUCUGUUGUGUUUGCUACGCAAGCUUUUAUCUACGCGGUUUUUUAAUAACGUAAAAUGAUUUCUGCAUUUGUUAAUGCACAUACUGUAAGAAAUGUCACCAACAGAUUUCCGAGAUUUUUCUGUCGCAGUAAAAGUACCGAAGCAUGUAUUUCAUAUGAAGAAACAACGAACCUCACAACCAAUUCAGACUUGCCAACACUUUCUGAAAAUCCGUACAAAAAAGAGAAAAGACUAUGUAUUUUGUGUAAAUUAAAAAUAGAACCAGAUUAUAAGAAUGCACGUCUAUUAUCUCAAUUUCAAAGCAGUUAUACAGGCAGAAUUUAUGGUAAACACAUAACUGGACUAUGCGAUCGUAAACAAAAAAGGGUAGAAGAAGAAAUUGUGAAAGCACAAAAUGCUGGCUUAAUGGGAUAUAUGACAAAAGAACCAAAGUAUGUUAAUGAUCCAAAGCUAUUUAAUCCAGCUUUCCCAUUUAAACCACAUCCUUAUUAAAUGUAAAAUACCUAAUAAUAAAGUUGUAACUUUAAUUCUUUCAU